AUGUCUAGUGAUUUAAAUAAAAAAAAAAUAAUUGUAGAAGAAAGAUUAUUAGGUGAAAUUGGUGCUGGUUUUGGAUCUAUUGUCAGUAGAGGUCUUGGUUUAGUUCUUGGAUCUGUAGGUG